GCCUGGGGCGAAUGCGCCUCUGGUCAGCUCCCCCCCUGCGCUUGGAAAGCGACCCCCGUGAGCCCCGGGUUCAAAGGCCCGGCGCGGCAGUUCCAGCCCCUCGGAGGGGCGGGGAGGCGAAGGGGGUGGUGCAGGAGCCAGAAAAGCCUGAGCCACAGCCGGCCAGCCCUGCGCAGGGAUGGGCAGCGCGCUCUGAAAGUUCGUGACCGCCUCAGCCAAGUAACUCUGAGCCGGGACGCGCAGCUCAGGCAGCGACAGGACUCGAAAGCUGUAGCCAGUCUCACUACCCUUUUGCGGUCACAAGCGGCCACCCUCCGGGCCCGGUGCUCCCGCGCCUGAUCGGGGUUCAUGGAGCCGGGGCUGUGGCUCCUUCUCGGGCUCACAGUGACCUCCGCUGCAGGACUUGUGCCUUGCCCUCAGUCUGGGGGCUCUGGCAGAGCCAGUGUGUCCCAGGGUCCCCCUGAAGCUGGAUCAGAGAGGGGCUGUGAAGAGACUGUGGCUGGCCCUGGUGAGAGGAUUGUGUCCCCAACAGUUGCACUGCCUGCACAGCCUGAAAGCGCUGGGCAGGAACGGGCACCAGGCAGGUCUGGGAAACAGGAGGACAAGAGGCUGCCUGCACACCACCGCCCUCGCCGCUGCACGUGCUUCACUUACAAGGACAAGGAGUGUGUCUACUAUUGCCACCUGGACAUCAUCUGGAUCAACACUCCUGAACAGACUGUGCCCUAUGGACUGUCCAACUACAGAGAAAGCCUUCGGGGAAAGAGGUCCUCGGGGCCAGUUCCAGAAAGCUCCCAGCCUUCUCCGUGGACACGCUUGCGUUGUACUUGUAUGGGGGCAGAUGACAAGGCCUGUGCACACUUCUGUGCAAGCACCAGAGAUGCCACCAGUUAUUCCGGGAGAGCAAAAAGGCCAGCUGCAGAAGAGAUGCGGGAGACUGGAGGCCCACGUCAAAGGUUGAUGUUAAGGACAGAUAAAGCUCACCGGCCUUAGCUGGCUCUAACAGGCCACAACUGAUGCUUCUUGCUUCCUGCAGUGGACUUCACCUGCUCUCCCUGCCUGCCGACUCUUCCAGGAAAGAGCCUUGGAGCUUGUGCAUACAGAGUUUGAAUUUCCACCUCUUUAGCGACAAGUUGGGAAUUGGCCUGAGGCAAAAAUGAAAGAAUGACCCAUCCAAAGAGCCCAUGCUUACCUGUACACCCUUACACCAAGAAUGCCCAAGUCCAAAAGACCCCAGUUUCCCUAAUGGGUAAAAUGAUCCCACAUGUGCCCUGGGGGCCGGAUGCCUGAGGCUCCAGUUUCACAAGGAAAUUGUUUGAGAGGUAUGUUAAGUCAGAAAGCUACUUACUGGCCUUGGCAUGACUCCUCUUGGAGAGUAAGUGGACACCAGGCUGGCUCUUUACAAAAGUAAACACACAUCCAUCUCCUAGAAGAUUCAGGACACCCAUGUGGCCGGAGCCGGCCUUCUUCUGCAGCCUGCGUGGCCUGAGCAAGUUAGCGAGGCAUCUGUGUGCUUGAGACCUGGAUCCUAGCUGGGCAGUAGUCUAUGAAAUUGAAUUUCAUAGGACUUAGAAAUCUUCCACUGUGCUUAGUACUCAUCAGAAGAGCGACUCUCAAAAACAAGAAGGAAAAGAAAACAGGAGAUCUAGAUGUUCAUGAGACAAAAAGAGAAAUAAACAACAAGACCCCUUCCCCCAUGUUCUUGAUGGUUUUGAACUCUGGGGCACUCGGCAAAGAGCUGGGGGUUCUGCGAUGGCCUCUGUGGCAGAGCUCCCAACCCUGCCUUGCAGUAAGCUGCUCCGAGGGGCAGCUUCAGCUCAAGGCUACCGGUCUGGAUAUCUGCUUUCAUGAAUAAAUGUGGAUCCUUGGGGAGUGGCUUCAAAAUAAGCCCAAAACACAAACUCUUUGUACAUUAUGUAAAUUUCUGUUUGUCUAUAUAAUUGGCAACAACUGGGAAUUGUAACCUCUGUUCAAAAUCUCUUUUAGCUGAGCUCUUUCUGCUGUGUCCGUGGUGAGUAUGGGGGUGGGGGUGGCAUCAGACUGUGCGUUCCCAUGUAAACUCUGCUCUGCAGGCCCAGCUGGGAGAGUCUGCCCACCUCCCCACCAGGCCUCAUGGCAAUGAGAACCUGUCUUUGGGCAUGUUCCAAGGGCACCACGUGGAGACACUUUAGUUAUUGUGUGAAGUGGAGCCUUAACCAGAUGGUAAACUUCAGAAGACCGUCUCCUAAGUUAUUACAGGUGUGAACAUGCCUGCUUAUUGAGGGUGUGUGAGAGAGUGCUGGUUUGCUGGGGGGAAUGUACAGUUAAGAGAAGUAAUUAUUUAUUGGGGAACUAUUUUCUACGUAACUCCUUUAUGGGAUCUACUAAAAGUAAAGGCACUGUAGAUAGAUAGAUAGACAGACAGAAAAAUAGAUUUUAAAUUGUGUUCAAAAAUCCAAACCCAUAUCUCUUAGUAGCUAGAAAUUGUUUAAAUCUCAUAAGCACUAUUUGGCACAGUGGCCAGAUUGUAUUUCAAAAACAAAUCCACUCACUGUGAGAACACUCGGGAGAUAAGUCAAAUGCAUAAUAAAAGAAAAUCUAAAAGUUUGCUCUGGCUUGCAGGCUUUUCCUUGCACACAUAGUUACACAUUCACUCUUCCCAGGCCUCUGGAGAGGACAGGAUGGAGCCAGAGUUCGGGAUGUAGGAUUCAUCUAGAGAGGAAAGUAUAGACCAAGGCGGGUGGGCAGCUAUUGGGAGGAGAGGAGUUUGGGGACCAUUUGAGAAGAUAAACAUCAAAGUGUCUGGAAAAGAAGAAGGAGGUUUGGAUGAAGUUGGUGACUUCCUUGGAAUGCCUGCUCUUCUACACAGCCUUUGCAGGGAGACAACCACGGGCCUAUUGCUCAAAGCAUCUGAGAAUUAUCUCCAGAAGUGACCACAGUAGCAAGGCCACACAGGACAUAAAAGCAAAAGGAAGGGAGGCUGUUUGAGAAAAGAGGGAGAGGGUACAGAAGGGCAGAGGGAGGGCAGGAGAGGGCAAGGGGAUGAACAUUGUUAAAGUAUUAAUGCAAAUGCCAUUAUAAAAGCAUCACUUUGUAUGAUCCAUGCUAAUAAACUUUUUAAAAAGAUUCUAAAGC